AUGGGAAAUAAAUAAUAAUAAGCCAAAAAGAGAAAUAGCAAUUUAAGUUUGAAUAGUAUGGGUAGAUCAGUUUCAACAGCCCCUACAAAUGAAUCAGGUUUAAUUAGAUCAACAAUAGAUGGUAGUCUAAGUUCUUCUAUGUUUGGAGGAGUUGAAUUUUAUUUUAAUCGUAUGCCUAACUCUGUUAUUGAUGGCAUUUGUAAAUUUCUAACAAUUAAUGAUCUAACUAAUUUAUAUUGCACAAGUAGAUUUGUCUAUGAGAGAUUUUAUACGUCUCUUCCAUACUCUAUUGCAUGUGGAAAUCUAUUGUAUAAAUUAUAUCAGGACAGAAAAGGUAUUGCAUUAUAGGCAGUUCAAACUAAACAUGCAUCUUGGCCAUAAGUAUUAGAGGUUUUUAUUAGAAACAAGUAAUACAUUCAUUUAUCAAAUUCCUAGAAAAUAAAUAGAAAAUCUAAAAACUAAUCUCCAGUAAUCUUUAUAGAAUGCUUUCCAAAUACAUAUUAUAUAUCCUCCAUUAUUAAUGGAUGAGGUUACCAAAGAAGGCUUAAAUUCAGAAUUUUAAAGAUAAAUUAUGCAAAAAUUAACAGAUUGUCAAGAAUGCCAUACCAUUACUGAAAUCUAAAUCAUGAAUCAAACUAGAGCUUAUUUUAAAAAUUCCUCAUGUUCAAAAUAAUCACUACUUCAUACAAUGCUUGAAAUUAGAGCUCUCACAGAAUUAUCAGUAAAUUAAAAGUAACAGUUUAUAAUUAUUAUUUUUAGAAUUCCUUAAUUAUUUAAUAUUUUAAUAAUUUUAUGCUCAUCUAUUAAAUCUCUUUUAUAAAUUGUAGCCUUAACACUUGAAUGUGCAUUCAAUGGAAAUGAUUAUAUUGGAGAAUUAGAGUUUUACCUUUAUAAUUAUUAAAUGUAUCUUAUUUGGAUGCAAUAAAUAGAUCAAUUUGCUACACCUUAUCUCAAAAUUUUUGAUAUCAUUUUACAUGAGCAAGUACCUUCAUAUAUAUUUCCUCCAUUUACAAUUCAAUGGAUAAUGAUGAAAAUGUGGAAUUAAUGCAUUUAUUAAAAAUGCAAACAUUUCUUAAGAUCUAUUUUUCUUUAAUAGCUUUAAUAGGUUAGACUUAAUCCAUCUCUUAAAUAUGAAUAAUUUUUGUUAAAGGACUACAUCUUAUCUUUGAUUGAUCUUUCAACCAAUCAAUCAAAUAUUAGGAUGGCUGGACAUUCUACAUUUAAGUAUAUUAAAGAUUUAGAGAAUCUUUUUUAGGUUGUGAUAGAAUAAUCAGUAGAUUUAUGGAAUUCGAAAAACUUUAAUUUUAAAAAGGAUAUAAAUGUACUUGGAUAUAUCUUUUAAAAACACAUUUUAGAAAACAAUUUAUUACAUAGUCUUCUAGAGUAAAAAUAUGAAACUGUGAAAUCAUCAAUAGAAGCAAUUAAACAAAGUCUAGAAUUUUAAAAAAGAAUUAUUAAAUAUGAUGAUGAUAGUUUGAUUCUAUCAGAAUAGACAGAUUAUUCAUUUUAACUUUUAAAUAUAAAUAAAGUAUUUUAAAAGAUCAAAUCAAUUAUAAAUGGUGAAACUAUUAUAGAACAAAAUGUUAGAUUAACUAUUAAUUAUUAAAAAAACACACUAGAUAAAUUAUAAAUCUAUUUAAGAGAUUAUCAUUCUGACUUAUAUGAAUAAAUUUCUUAAUUAGCUAAUAUAGAUGUAUCUUCAAGGGAAAGUGUUUAAAUUCGUGAUGCUGUAAUAAUUCAUCGAAUGAAGCCAGAAGAUUAUGAUAAUCAAUUAGUUUCAUAUGAUACUAUAAUUGAUACAGAAAUCCUUAAAUAAUUGAUAAAUUAAAGGUUGAUUAAUUAGUAAAACGAUUGUUAAAUUUAGAAAUAAAAAACUAAUUUAAAAAAAUGGUAGAUUUAAUAAAAAGAGCAAAAUGAAACAUUUUUUUCGAUUAACAUAGUAAGUGGAUUAAAUCUUGCUUAAAGUUUAACAGAACAAUUUAUAAGUCAAUAAUGA